AUGACAAACUGGCCGGACAUUCCUACUGAGCCCGCCGCGGGCAUCUCAUAUUUCACCCCUGCGCAGAGCCCUCCGGCCGGCACAGCGCGCAACCCGCAGUCCAGCGGCAAACCCAUCCCGCAGUUGUUCCGUCCGUUGACUAUUAGAGGACAGACAUUCCAGAACAGGUUGGGGCUGGCGCCCAUGUGCCAAUACAGCGCCGAUGACGGCCACAUGACUCCAUGGCACUUGGCGCAUUACGGUGGAAUCGCACAGCGUGGCCCAGGGAUGAUGAUCAUCGAAGCCACCGGGGUCCUGCCGGAGGGUCGGAUCACGCCUAGUUGCGUCGGCCUGUGGAAGGACUCGCAGAUUGCGCCCAUCAGACAGGUCGUUGAGUUCGCACACAGCCAGGGUCAGAAGAUUGGAAUCCAACUUGCCCACGCCGGCCGCAAGGCCUCAACUGUGCCUCCCUGGCUGGGCGGAGGCAUUGCAACGGACGCUGUUGGCGGCUGGGUAGAGAAGGUCAUUGCACCAAGCGCCAUCCCCUUCGCCCCGGGAGGGAUCAUCCCCAAGGCUAUGAGCAAGGCGGAUAUUAUCGAGUUCAAGGAGGCGUGGGUGGCCGCCACUAAGCGAGCUUUGGCAGCAGGUGUGGAUUUCGUCGAGAUUCACAAUGCACAUGGGUACCUCUUGUCUUCAUUCUUGAGUCCCUCUUGCAACCAGCGUACGGAUGAGUAUGGUGGCAGCUUCGAGAACCGUAUUCGACUACCCUUGGAGAUUGCUCAGUUGACUCGUGACACGGUUGGUCCUGAAGUGCCUGUCUUUCUUCGUGUUUCGGCUACCGACUGGUUGGAGUCGGAUGAACAAGGAUGGAAGAGUGAGGAUACGGUCAAGUUUGCCGAAGCUCUAGCGAGGCAGGGUGCCGUGGAUCUGAUCGAUAUCAGUACCGGGGGUGUGCACAGCGAGCAAAAGGUCAAGGGCGGCCCGGCAUUUCAGGCACCCUUUGCUGCUGCAGUUAAAAAGGCAGUUGGGGAUAGGAUGCUGGUGGCUGCUGUCGGGAUGAUCAACAACGGCAACGUGGCCGAAAAGAUUCUAAAUGAGAAUCAGGCCGAUGUGAUUCUAGUUGGACGAGCAUUCCAGCGUGAUACAGGACUAGCAUGGCAUUUUGCCAAGGACUUGGACGUCGAAAUUGCCAUGGCUGCGCAGAUACGUUGGGGUUUUUCCAGCUUCCGUAAUGCCUCCGAAUACAUCCAGCCCAACUCGAUGAAGGCAUCUAUUUUUGACUAG